GGAGGGGCAUGGCUUUGUUCGAGUGACGCCCAUUCAAAUAAUUUCAAACCAAUGGGACUGUGCCCCGCUCCGGCGUAACCAAACCCACUCUCAGUCGGCGUCUGGAGCUGCCUGCCUUUGCCCUCACCUUCCUGCGCGUCCCGGCGUUUCAAACCCAAACACAAGAUAGAGGAAGACUACACGGCAUACACAUGGGAGAACGCAAGAUCUUUUUCACAUCUGCGCGUCGAACGAUGGCUUUUAUAUGAAGAGGACACUUUGGGAUGCGGACAUAAACAAGCGUCUCCGCGGAGAGAAGCGCAUGACCAAACACAACGCUGUCCGUCCUCUCUCCCACAACGAGAAGGACUCCUCCCCACCUCGACCGUGACACCUCCGGUAAAUCGCAGAGAAAGGAUAACUCUUUUUUUACGCUGGAGACGAAAGUCUGACAUUACCAUUCAUCCGCAACUGCCUUACUGACUGUAUGGCUUUAAAAAGUUGCCUGGAGAACAUGGACAUCUGACGUGCGCCACACGGCGUCAUUGGACACAUAGAGCCUCUCUCUCCCUCUCUCUCUCUCUCUUUUCUCCAUCACAUCUUGGACAGACUAAUCCCCUGCGCUCUGGGUUUGGUGUAAGAAGAAGUGUUCAGCAGUUGUCAUUUGCUCUGACACAGGCUACAUCCAGUAGCUCCCUGCAUAAGGAGAACAUUAUCACACCACAGAAGACACUGCCUGUUGUGCUGCGCAUUUGUGUAUGUGUGUGUUGAGCUCACUGUUUGUGCAUUAGUGGGAUAAAUAUUUUUGUCAGCCCACCACGGAUUUGUCCGAGCUAACAUCCUACAUGAAAUAAAGCGCAUGAUUCAUCUGGACGCUCGACCUGCACCCGAGAGAAAACCGCGUUGACGCGUUGGCUUUCUAACUUCAGAUUUCCGUCAGCCUGAACAAGUGACAUCUCCAGUGUCCCCUCGAAUGGUUACAUUCACGCAAACCCCUUUGUGUUUUCUAUGUUGUGCGCAUUUGUAUCUGUUCGGCAUUCACAAACUGCGCCAGAAACACACGACCACAUGUGAAUGAGACUCAUCACCUGUCCCGGUUGAAGCGCCCAACUCGACUGACUGACCCGACGCUGAAGAGGAAUACGUGCCGAAGUUUCGCUGUAGUGAUGCUGCAAAUGGAAAUGGUCCUCUUCGUCUGCCUUUUGCUGUUGAUGUGUGUAUUUAGCCAGGAGCCCAGUUCCAAAGUGGUGGCCGACCGCUACGCCGUCUUCUGGAACCGGACCAACACCAAGUUCCAUCGUGGGGACUACCACAUCGAUGUGUGCAUAAACGACUACCUGGAUGUCUACUGUCCUCAUUAUGAAGACUCAGUGCCUGAGGAACGAACAGAGCGUUACGUCCUUUAUAUGGUUAACUACGAUGGCUACAGCACAUGUGACCACACCGCCAAGGGCUUCAAACGCUGGGAGUGCAACAGGCCGCACUCACCAAAUGGACCGCUCAAGUUUUCUGAGAAGUUUCAGCUCUUCACUCCCUUCUCCUUGGGCUUUGAGUUCAGACCAGGCAGAGAAUACUACUACAUCUCCUCCACUAUUGCUGAGAACGGGAGGAAAACAUGCCUGAAGCUCAAAGUUUUCGUCCGGCAAGCAAACGGCUGUGUGAAAACUAUAGGUGUACAUGACCGUGUUUUUGAUGUAAACGACAAAGUAGACAAUACAUUAGAACCACGAGACGAUACCAGCCACGAACCGGCUGAGCCUUCCCGAAGUGACGAAACUAAUGCUGCGCCGCACCUGCAGAAGACAAGUCUGCUCCUGGCUUUGUUGCUGGCCUGCCUACCAGCACUCUUCACUUUAUAGCGCCUCCCUCUGUUUCGGAGGGCAUUUACACCUAGCGUGGCCUGAAUCUGCCCGAGGCUGCAGGGAAGGGGCGGGAUUUGGGUGGAGCGUGUUUGCUUGAUUGGGCAUCAGAGCAGGCUUCUCAAGGAACCCUCUAUUUUUUUCAGAAAUAUAUUUAAGUGGUCUUUCUCCGUCUGUGAGUACAAAAGUUGAUGUUGGAAGUGGGAGAGACAGUUCCCCUCUCAAACCUUCAACUAAGAUGCCAAAUCCCGUUUUUUGACACUUAGUGAUUCUUAUUUUCCCGUGACUUUUUUGUGACAUCCCUUUACAUCAUGUUUAUGUCAUUGCAGCACUGACAUUUAUCCACACACACACACACACACACACAUCCAUGCUUAGAGAGUCAAAUAAGAAAAUUCAUCCACACUAACAGUCAGUAGCAGUAGGGUAUUUAGUCGUAUACAGAGGUAUCACACAGUAGGAAAGUGAAGAUUCUAGGACUGUACAUAUGCACGUAAAAGAUGUCCCGAGACCUCUCAAGAAGCCUUUCAGGAACUAUUUAGAUCAAGUUCGUGUGGGUUGUAAUUAGCAGAAUUUUGCGCUCCAUUCUGGAAGUGCAGCACAAAGCUGAAAGAUGAAGUAUGGAAAGAAGGGUAGUGGUUUUAAAGCAGAGCUCAAACUAGAAACCUCAGCACUGAGACAAUAUGUAGUCGGCACGCACCUUAGCCCGCAGAUCUCCAGACUGUCCUGGAGAUAAAGACAGUGUCCUAUUCUCUCCUGAAUACAAAAUGUGUAUUAAAGUGAAUAAGCUACUCGGAGCUUGAGUGUGUGAGUGUAAAACUUUUUCUUGUCCUCCUUUGUGUAGAGCACACUGGUCAGCUCGAUAAAGCGCCUCUAAGAUCAUUCGGUUCACUCUGACUCACAAAACAGCUAAAUAGAAACUUUCUCUCAGGACACGUUGAAGACUGCUAUUAAGAUUGAGGAUCGAUACCUUUUGAAAACUGAUCACACAAUUUCACGGCAACAGUCACGGUGAUUUUAUGCAGUGUUUACUGAGCUGGGCAGCAAUUGUUCUCACUGUUCUAUUUGAGUAUUAGUCGAUAUUAACACUCCCAUGAACAUUUGCAUCCAUAGCUUUUCCCUCUCUGAUUCUGAUUGUUUAAACAUGAUUCACAGCUAAAUUGGACACUUUAUUUUUUUCUAAACCAUUAAGUUAUUUUGUGUUGCCAGUAGUGUGGCCAAACGUUGUCUUUCAAAUUGCAGACACUAUAAGCUGUGUUUUUUGUCUUGUCUGAAAUCCACUUAAAUGAGAACAACAACAGAGGUCAGGGGAAAGACACUUCGAUUCGCAGUGCCACACUUUUUCUCAUGUCUUUGUCACUCGAGCAUAACCACAGCUUUGACUCAUGCUCAUCAAACAUUACCUUGGUCUCACAUCCAAGUCACUGUGGCAGUUAGUGCAGCAUUUAUAGCACUGAUGCGUCGCUCCAAUUAGCUGAAAACACACUGCUGCUCUACAGAGAAACUAUACAUUAAAUUCAAGGCGAUGCACAUCUCUAUUUAGUCUAUCCAGGUUUAUGUUAGCACUUAUGUUCAAAUGAAUUCACUGUGUUAUAAUGACAUUCAGCUUCCUUCAGCUCCCACGGAUGCACAUGGUGAGUUACCAUAAUGAACGGCAUUAUGCUCUUUUUUUUUUUUUUUCAAGCGGAAGGGACUUGUUUCUUUGUUUUCAAAGAAGUAUGGACAGACAGAGAAAUUGACACUGCUGAGACUGACUUCCUUUAAAAGCCAGGUUUUUGUCUGAGAAAUAGGGCACCAAUUGGUUUGGAAAGACAGACAGAAAGAGAGGAAAAAAGAGCACAGGAGCCAUUGCAUGUCCACCUACAGCUCCUUGUGUUGCUGGUUUAAGUGACUCUUUAAUGAGGUUCAAAAUGACAGGCAUGUGGACCCCAUGUUGUGGCAAAGGGAGUUAUUUCUGGUAUUAAAAAUAGAUGGUUGAAGGCUUUGGGGGGUCUCGGGAGUAGGGGUGUAGAUUUCCACCAUGGGGGGGUUUUAAAGCACCAAUGACCUUGCAGUUUGAGAGAAUUGGUGGGUGAAGGAGACGAAGAGAAUUAAAGGCAGCGACACACACAGGAACAGAGACAAAAGACAUGAGAGGUAACCGAAGGUAGUGUGACUAGAGUGCCUAACUAAACAAGACAAAACAACUAAAAAUCCAUGCAUCACUACUGGAAUAACAAACUUAUUGUGCAGUAUCAUUCUGUCUUAAAAGGCAUGCACUGUCCUGUUAUUAUUGCUGAUUUCAUUUUUAUGGCUGCCCUUUUUUUAUUUACCCUCAAGAUAGACUGCCUUUGCCCUUUGCCAUUUGUUUUUUGCGCUACAGCAGCAAUGCUAUUACAGUGGAAUAGCAUUAGCUAUGGGGGGGUAAUAGGAGACGAGGCCAUUUAAUGAGGUACUAAUUUUCAGGAGAAUACCACAGGGAAUGAGCACCGCUUAAGAUCCAAAAUGGACGCUUGUCAGCAGAUUAACACUAGACUUUUAUCAGAAACCAGCUUCAAUUGUACUCUCUUAUAACUACCAAUACUACUAUUUGUCAUUAUUGCUAUUAUUACCAUGGUUUAUUCUGUACACACCUUAACCUGGGAAAUGAGGAUCAACUUAUAAACUGGAUACUGUGUAUCCUGUGGUAGUCAACCAUAAAACAUGUAGUGUCAGGUUAGUAUCUGUUUUGUACCUUUCUGGAGGACAAAAGAAAAAAAAAUGAGAUACAUCAUUGUUAAAACUGUAUAAUUAUUAUUAUUGUUAUGAUGAUGAUGAUUAUGACUAUUAUUAUUAGGAAAACCUCUUGAUGUAAAUAGUGUUUGAUAUUAAAGUAUUAAUUUGGUUCUUAUGUCUUUUCUAAAAAAUGAAUACGGUAUUAUCUCAAGGUUUUGCGGAGUGUGUACUGUCCUCAAACAAUGCAUUGUGUGCUUUGAUCCUCAAUGCCUAAUGAAACUUUGAGCUAAUAUGAAGGGGAAGCCUGCGGGAGCUGUACACCAGUGUACAGAAGGCUGGACGUUAGGCAAACGAGUGGCUCACCUGUUACAUGUUUCAAACCAGUCACCAACCUUCACCAUCCCUUCACAUACAGUAUGGAUCCUGCCUUGGAAAGACACACUUGGGACUUAAUGGACGGCUUACUUGUACUGUUUUUGCCUUCAGUGUUUGAAAGCAUGUUGGCCAGCUCCAAAAUCUGCCAUGGGGGGACUGUUUGCUUUUUAAUGGAAGGAUCUCACCAGUUUCAUUAUGUGGCAUGCGCAUGAACUUGAUGACAUGUAAAAGGAGAAAAAAAAAAAAAAAAAGUCAAAAAAGUUUGAAAAAGAUUUUUUUCUUUUGCUCUUGUUUUUCGCUUUGUUUAAGACGUGUUAGAUUUUUGGGUCACUUUCAUGUUGUGUGUUUUUUGCAUCCUCAUUUGAGUGUCAUUAAGCUGUGUAGUGACAGAUGACAAAUGUACAUAACACAAACCAUUGUUGGGAAGUUGCAGUGAGGGAGAGGGGAUCAGUCAUUUUAUAGUUCAAAGGCAACUUUUCCCCCCCCGUGAGAAAGACUCUUUCUGUACUCAUCUACUGAAUCUAUCCAGUGUAGUUGCAGUCUGUCUCUUCUGACUAUUCAUCCUCUUUUUUGCUUUCCUGAGAGGAGGUGUUUAAGAGUGUAUCCAUCAGUGUGUGGAUGUUUUUCAGUGUGAAAAAAUGUGUGAGACCCUGGAGUUUGUGUGUGUGUGCAUAUCUCAUUUGCUGUUGCUGCAGUGAAUGGGAAGCGGCAACCCUCUUUGGCAACGAAGAGUGUUUCCCAUGCCUUAGCCCUUCAGCCUCUGCCCUGGCAGCCCGGUCUGUGUACAAGACGCUCUCUGCCAUUGUGCUUUUACCCAGAACGGCUGCUGGAGAUGAAGAGACUACAACAGGAGCCCUUCGCUUCACUUCUCUCCUUUUUUUAACAACCCUGAAUCACUUUUCCCAAUGGUAGACCUUGGUCCUGGGCACAGUUCAAGGAUUAACGCACCCCUACCUACUAAAACCUGAACUGGAUUGGUAGCGGGGUGAAGCCUAUCAUCGAUCCAGGCUCUGUGCGUCCAGGGCCAAAGCCUCUCCCUUCGUCAGCUCCCCCUCUUGCUGAUGAGUCACUUGUUCAUUUUGUGCACCUGUCCUCUCCCAUUUUUCUUGUGCUUGUGUAACCUCCACCACACCACCUGCUGUCCUUCUUCCCUCACAUUUGAACCCCGCUCCCACUUUGCCAUCAGUGGGGAAUGUUUCCAACCUGAUCUUUUACAGUAUAUAAACAACAACAAAACAUUUGACAAAAAAUUAUCUGUAUUUGUAUAUACACGUGUCUGAGCAACUAUGAGUAAUACAAUAAAACAGAAAUACAUUGCUUUGA